AUGGACUCCAUCACAUCCUCUGCUCUCGAGGAAAUCUGUUUCCACGGCAAAACCGGUCUCUCUCUCGCGUCCCUCUGGAGCAAACUCAACCCUUGUCUGUCCUCUUCAAGCCUCGACCUUUCCUUGGGCGUCAAGAAAGCCGUAUGGGCCGCCCUCCUCCGCGUCCCGUCGCUUCGGUUUUGGGCCGGAAACGUCUCUUACACCGCCAGUGACCCUCUGAUUCAGUCCUUGGAGGACGCCGAGAAGUUGGAGUUGAAGAUCGCCGCCGAAGACUGUCUAAGAGACAACUUUCUGGGGCUCUACAAUGUUCACGCCGCCAAUGCCGACAUUCCUCUGAACCAAAGGCGCGCUCUCGAGCGCAUUGCCAUCUCUAGAAUGAAGGGGAUAACACAAUGGCAGCUUAGUAAAGAAUUGGGCAUGGAAGCGAACCACUUUGCUUAUGUGGUGAAGAGCCUUGAAAAUAGAGGGUUGAUUGUGAAGGAAUCAGCAGUUGUGAGAACAAAAGAUGCUUGCAAUGCAGGGGAGAUGAACAAUAGUUCAAUAGUGUGCACUAACUUAAUACACUUGAAUCGCUAUGCAAAGCAAUUGGGUUCUCAACAAAGAAUUGAGACUACAAAAGAAGAAGAAACUUCGAAGAUUUUUAAGAAUACAGAGGAAAAUAUUGCAAGUGGAGAUGGGUUUGACGAAGGAUAUGUUAAAGAGGACGUGCUUGUAGAGGAUGAUCUACCAGCAUUGAAAGCUGUUUGUGAUAAACUUGAAGAAGCAUAUAAUAAGGUUCUUGUUGUCUCAGAAAUUAAACAAGAUCUUGGUUAUGAAAGAACUUCUCUGGGGCAUAAAGCUUGGAAAAAGAUUUAUCGCAAGUUAAAAGAUGCUCAUAUUGUGGAGAAGUGUAAGGCUAAAGUGAAUGGUAAGGUUGAGCAGUGCCUACGUUUGCUGAAGAAAUUUCCACCAAAGAAUUUUAAAGAACAAACUGUGAAGUUUGGAAGAAAAUGUCAAAUUACCGAACAGCUUGUAGAGAUUCCCAUUGAUCAUCAAAUGUAUGAUAUGGUUGAUAUUAAAGGAUCUGAAGGGUUGCUUUUUAAGGAGGCGUGCAAGAGGCUCAGAAUCAGUAACAAAGAGAAUCAGUCUCUGCUUAGUAUGAUGGCAUAUAGGUUUGGGAUGCAUUUGCAAGCAGAGAUUUAUAGUAAAACAAAGGCAUAUCGAGUUUGGACGGCUAUAAAUUUCAACAGUAAAUCAUCUAAUGCAUUUCCAAGAAAAUCAAAAACAAUCAUUUCUGAAAGUAAAAUAUCUAAUCUUGAUAUUCCUAAUAGUCUUUCGACUUCGGAAAGUGAUAUUGCUACCCCAACAAAAAUGAAUGGCAGGGAAAUUACUGCAAAACUUUCUUGUGGAUCCAACCCACAACAGAUACUCCAUGAACCAAGAGACACAGUUCCUGAUGCUGUACAUGAUUCAGUUGGGAUGGAAAUGGAAACAAAUGAUCCAUCAGAGACAGCACCUACUGAUUCCUUGAAGCCAUUUAAAUCCAGAUCAUAUCAGAGAUAUCCAUGUUUAUCUUUGACUGUUGAUGGUGCCCAGAGGGAGCAGAGGAUACUUGAACAGUUACAGAAUGAGAAGUUCAUUUUGAAAGCUGAGUUGCAUAGAUGGCUCAUAAGUCUUGAAAAGGACAAGUGCACAACAAUCGACAGGAAGACCCUUCGUCGAAUGUUAGACAAGCUUCAGCGGCAAGGGCACUGCAAAUGCAUAGCCAUAAACGUCCCUCUGGUCACAAACUCUGACAGUAAUCGUAUUGCUCAUGUGGUUUUGCACCCGGCUGUUACCUUGUCUCCCGAAUUACAUGAAGAAAUUUAUGAUAAGCUUAGAUUUUUUGAGAGGAAAAACCGUAGCCAGGCCUAUUCUAAGUGGAAGAGCAAAUCAUUUCCUGAACUGGAUGAUAUCCAAAGAAACCAACAAUUUAUUAGAUUUCAGAAGGGUUUAAAAGCUAAUAGGGACGAAUGUGCUUCAAAUUUUCAGAAAAAGAAGAAAUCUUUAGAAGCAGGGUUAGUGGAAUGUACAAGAGUUGAUGAUGAAAUUGGACAGCUAGGCUCACAGAGGCUACCUGACGAUCAACAUCUUUCUGUAGCUUCUAGAGGAGAGCAUGGCGUUCAUUUGCAAUCACAUAAGGAGGAUGAUUAUCUAGAAAAUAUGGAAGGGCCUGGUCCAAAUGAAGAAGAUGAGAAAUAUAAUUCAUUUACUAACCAUUGUACUUUUUCAGAGAAGCUACAAUUUCGAAGAAGAUUUCAUUGGACAGAAGAAGCAGACAGGAAAUUAAUAAUCCAAUAUGUGAAACAGCGUGUAGUGCUUGGGCCAAAUUUUCAACAUGCAUGUUGGGCUUCACUUUCUGACCUUCCAAAACCUCCAAGUAGUUGCCUCAAAAGAAUGACAUCACUGAACAAAAAUGAAGCAUUUCAAAGAGCUCUAAUGAGACUUUGUAACAUUGUCGGUGGAUGGUAUGUGAAGCACCUGGAAAAAGUCAAAAACAAGUCAUUAGACGAUAAUGGUCAUCAACCACUUACGCAAAGUUCAUCGAGGGAAAGUCUUGAGGGAAAUUGCUACAAUGGCUUUGCCCAUACUCAAAAAACGGGUUUUGAGGAAGAACGACAGGAUGAUUUCACUGAGGAACAUAUUAAGAGAGCCUUUGAUGAGGUUCUUCGGUGCAAGCACAUCGCUACUUUUGAGGCCCGAAAAAUAGCAACAUCUGUCUUCAAAGGGGCAGAUAGGAAUAUGGAUUCUGAAAGAUUUUCUGGUGGCAAGGCUAGUCAGCAUUCUAAAAAUCAAAUUCCAGAGGGUACUGGAGACAGGGCAACUAAAUUCUCUAAUUGGCUCCAUGAAAGAGGGAAAUAUCUUAUGGGAGGUAUUGGUCUUACUGCAGAUUUACAGUGUGGAGACAUUUUCCAUUUAUUUGCUCUAGUUUCUUCAGGUGAACUCUCCAUUUAUCCCUUCUUGCCAGAAAAUGGCAUUGGUGAAGCCGAUGAUUUGAGAAGCAAAAAACAGAGAAUUGAUAACAAUGAAUUUCUUGAUGGCAAUAAGGUUAACAAAACUCAAUUCUUAGACGAAGUUAAAGAAGGUGAAUUGUCCAUUUCUCCAUGCUUACUGAAUGAAUGUUGUGUAACUGUUGAUAACAAACCCAUUGAUGGUGACAAGGCUGAAAAGUUGAAAUUGACAGAUGAAGAAGGAGGUGAACUGUCAUGUCCAUGCUCGCCUGAUGAAGUUGAUGUAGAGGGCAAAUACCUGAGAAAAAUGAAGCGUAAAAUUGAUAACAAUGAAUUUUUUCAUGUUAUUGUGGGUAAGAAACUGAAGUCCAUGAAAGGAGGUUACUAUGAAUUUCGCCGAGAAAAAGGUUUUCCGAGUAUCAUGCUAUAUGUGCAUAGUGCACCAAUUUUGAGAACCAAUGUCGUUGAAGUAGGAUCGUUCGAGAAUGGGGAUAGCUGUAAUGAUGAACUUCUUGCUGAUAGGAGUGAUAAAUUGAAUACCACUCGAGGUCAGAAACUUGGCAGUAAUUCCAAGUAUUGUUUGACUUCAAUGGCUGUUCUUCAUCAGGAUCCUGAGCCACCUUUAUUGACAAAGUCCCCAGGAAGGAAUGAUGAUACCAAUUUGAUCCUCCAACCAAAACAUCAUGGUAAUUUUGAUUCAGAUUCACAAAGGGGAUUAACCAUGGAUGUUAUCACUGUGCAUGAUAAAGUUGUUUUACCGGGAGGAGAUAAUGCAGGUGAAAUUGAUUUCUUUUCUAGUGAAUUAAGUAUGCCAGUAUUGCCAUGGAAAAAUGGAGAUGAGACCAUGAAUGGUAUCAUCUACAAGGGAUUUAUAUCCUUUGUUCUUCGUACUGUGAUGCAAAAUCCUGGGAUAUUAGAGGAUGAUAUCAUACAUCAUAUGGAUGGAUUGAACCCCCAGAGCUGUAGAAAGGUAUUAGAGUUAAUGACUCUGGAUAAACACCUUAUUGUGAAGAAAAUGUUUCAAACUUCAUCCACUGGGCCCCCUGCCAUUCUGGGAACACUCAUCGGGAGUCGUUUUAGAAAAUCAAAGUUGAUUUGCCGUAAGCAUUUCUUUGCCAAUCCCCUAAGCACAACCUUACUCUAGGGAGACGAGUUCUUAGAUUAUCUAUGAGAAUGCAAGAUCCGAUGCCAGUUGACUUGUCUAGGCACUCUGCAGCCGUUUUAAGUUUGUUUAUGGAAUACUAGUUAUCAGCAAGCCUCAGUUUCCUCUUCCAGAAGCAAUCAUGUGGUUUUUGAUUUUACACUUUAGGAUUGUUGUAAAUAAAAUAUUCUUCCUGUCUAGAAUGUAUAUGUACCAAAUGAUAUGGAACUGAAUGUGUAUUUCUCUAGGUUAUGAAUUUUUCUAAUAUUU